AUGUUCCGUGCGCCUCCAGCCCGGGUGCGGGCCUUGCGUGUGGUGGUGUCUGCGCUUUGGGUUUCAGGGAGACCGCUCAGCCUUCCCUCUGGAUUCAGUCGUGGAAGACUGAGAGAGUUGUCAGACUCUGUUUGCAUGGUGCUGAUAGACAGAGGGGAAUGGAGGCCCAAAACUAAGAGAGCGAAAAGGUUUCUCGAGAAGAGGGAACCCAAACUGAAAGAAAACACCAAAACUGCGAUGCUGAUAAAAGGAGGAAACGCAAACCUGACGGUGACCGAAGUGCUGAAGGACAUUUAUGCUGUGAAGAAGCCUUUUGCUGUACUGUAUAAAAAGAAAAAUAUUACCCGUCCGUUUGAGGAUCAAACAUCAUUGGAAUUUUUUUCCAAGAAAUCAGAUUGUUCUUUGUUCCUGUUUGGCUCUCAUAACAAGAAGCGACCUAACAACCUGAUAAUAGGUCGCAUGUUUGACUAUCACGUCCUAGACAUGAUUGAGCUAGGCAUUGAGAACUUUGUGUCCCUAAAAGAUGUCAAGAACAGUAAAUGUCCUGAAGGAACAAAACCUAUGUUGAUAUUUGCUGGUGACAUGUUUGAUGUCAGUGAAGAAUACAGAAGACUGAAGAGCCUUCUUAUUGAUUUCUUCAGAGGUCCUAGUGUGCCUAGUAUUCGUCUGGCUGGUUUAGAGUAUGUUCUGCAUUUCACAGCUGUAGGGGGGAAAAUUUACAUGCGAAGCUACAAGGUGCUGCUGAAGAAAUCUGGCUGUAAAAUACCAAGAAUUGAACUGGAAGAGAUGGGACCUUCAUUAGAUCUGGUUAUGAGGAGAACGCACUUAGCUUCAGAUGACCUUUAUAAGCUGUCUUUAAAAGAACCGAAAGCCCUGAAGCCUAAGAAGAAAAAGAAUAUCUCCCAUGAUGUGUUCGGAACAACUUACGGUCGAAUCCACAUGCAGAAGCAAGAUCUUGGUAAACUGCAGACGCGCAAAAUGAAAGGGUUAAAAAAGAGGCCAGCAGAGAAGUCAGCUGAAGAUGGUGGGGUUAGUCCCAAAAAGUCAAAAUCAGCUUGAUAGUCUGGAACAGCUUUGGAAACUCUUUGUAGCUUCAAAUUUAGUAUAUAUGUAUUGUAAUAUAAAUGUGUCAGAUGUAAAAGACUCAGCUGCUGUUAGCUUUGGUUUUAUAAAAAAAAAAAAAGUUUUUAAUGGUUUGUAACUUUAAAGGGAACCUGGGGGUAUUGAGCUUUAACAUGGAACUUGGUUGUUUAAAAUAAAAAAUGCGAUAUAACUUGCUUGGUUUUCC